GAAGUUAUCAUCUGAAUAAGUGUAAAAAUAAGUUAGGUCCAGGGCACAAACAUACUAUCCCAUUUAACCUGCUUUACCUUCAGGGUUCCCACACCUUUUGACCUAUGGUUUCCUAUGACAUUUACAGUAGUUUGUGAUAACAGAGACUGGCUCACAAAGAGCAAUUUGAAAGAUUAUUUUAUUUUAAAUUGUAUAGAGUAUAUUGUUAUUACAGUUUUAUUAUUAUUUUUAUUUUCAUUACCUGGCACCUUAUUUUAAUUCUAUUCUUAUUGUUGUUUAUUACUGUUCAACAAUUACAGUUUAAUCAGGGACGGUAAACAACAAUUAAAGUGUUUCGAAUUUUUGGUUAUCCUGUUUAAUCAGGGAAGUUUAAUAACAGUUAUGGAUGGUGUUUACAAUUUAAUAUUCUUCUUAUUCAUUUUAAUAAUUGUAUGGCUUUUUAUUCUUAUUUCAUGUUCUUAAUUGUUUUGUUUAUGUAGCUUGUAUUUUCUUUAAAAUGUAUAUGUAAAGCACUUUGAAUUGCCAUUGUGUUUUAAAUGUGCUAUAUAAAUAAAUUGCCUGCUUUCAUUAUUAUUCUUUUUUCUUUUAAAUAGUCCCUUUCACACAUACAUCCUUAUCCAGAAAAUUGACUGCAAUUUUUCAGGUUAGAGGUCAUGCGUGAAUACGACCCUUUUGAAAAUACUGGUUAACUUUGCUCUGGCAAUUUCCCUUAAUGAAAAUUUGUAUCAUUAUCUAUAGCUACAUAUCCAUAUUGAUGGUAUGUGUGAACAGCACAUAUGCUACAUUUACCAGUAAAGGAAACCCAACGAUUUCCCUGUAAUUUACCGGGUUGCAUGUGUGAAAGGGGCUUGUGUAUUAAUGCUUUGGCAAUAUUGUAUAUAAAAACAUCAUGCCAAUAAAGCUCUUUUGAAUUUAAUUGUAUUAAAUUGAACUGAAGAUAAGAUAAUUAACGCUUUUUUCCGUUAAGAGGCCAUGUGUGACACGACCCGUUGAGAAAUAAUGGUGAAUCAGCUAAGGCGAUUUCAAAGAAGGAGAAGUUGUAAUUUCGCUGACGUGAGAAGUCUGGUUUGGACCAAUCACAAAGCGCUGACGGAGAUGACGCAACAACUCUGCGCCGUUCAAAGCGUGUGACACGGGAGUACCCAAAAAUGUCGUCAAAUUGGACAGAUCGUGAAACUAAAGCGCUUCUCUUCAUCCGAACGAAUGAAAAAAUUUGUCGACAGAUCACAGGAACAGUAAGUGACUCCGUUAUUUAUGAUAAAAUAACUAGCCUCCUUCGAGAACGAGGUAUACACAGGACUAAAAGCCAGGUGAUCAGCAAACUAAAAACGCUUAGGAUAAAAUUUCUGAAAAUACGUGAACUUCAGAAAAAAAGCGGCAACGAAAGACUUCCCUGGGCCUAUUUUGAGCUUUGCCAGUCUAUCUGGGGGACCAGUCGCCCUUCAAAUCCCGAGGCUCUAAAUAGUAGCCUGAAUCCCGAAGAGCCCCAAACUAGCUCCGUUGAGGAUGGGCGGGAUGAAAGUACGUCGACUGACAUCGAGACACCGACCUGUGACGUCGAGAAGACUGAUUAUGUGACAGAAGUUAUCACUCCACCUCCAAGGAAGAAGGCGAAAAAAGGUCACAUUAGUGGCUUCAUAAGAGAGCAAGAACCUCUCCACAUCCCAGAACAAAGAGAGUAUGAAGAACUGUUGCGUAGGGAGGCCAGAGAAGAACAGAAGGAGGAAAGAGAAAGUCUGAUGGCAAUGUGGAAGGAAAUGAUGGAGUUCCAAGGAAACCUACUAAAGGAAUUUAUACACCGUCCAUCCUUGCCGUCUUCGCAUCCACCUUACCAUAAGCAUGGUCAUUACAACCAAGGAUCCUCUUUUCCAAGCACUAGCUACUUGGCACCGUACCACUCACCAGGAGCUGAAACUGAAAUCGAAAGUGCAAUCUCUCAGGAGGAAGAAGAAGAGGAGGAGGAGAAAUAUGUCAUUCCAGCCACUAUUCCACUCAUCUCCGACACUCAGCCUGUGAACUGUGCGAAUGACAGCCAAUCAAAUCUCACAGUGACUCUUUCACCUCCACCUACACAAUCAGCAGAAAAGACCGAUCUGGAGCUGUCGGUGCUACGCAGACAAGAACGAGUGUUGCAGCUACAGGAAGAGUACUAUUCACUCAAGAUACAGCAUCUGAAAGCAAAGAUGGCCAUGGAGCCGACACAGAAGCAUAAAGAAGCUUGGCAAAUUCAACAGGUUUCAUGAAUUUAUGUGUACAAAACUUGACCGUGAAGAACAUUGGGGCAACUGCUCUUUGCUUUGUGUACUUGAAGGAAUGUUCCGGGUUCAAUACACUUAAGCUCAAUCAGUAGCAUUUGUGGCGUAAUGUUGAUUUAUUCUAAAAUUAAUUUUGACCUGUCCCUCCUUUUCUUUAAUGAAAUAUCGAAAUGGAAGUUCAAGUGAGGCACUUACAAUGAAAGUGAAUGGGGCCAAUUUUUGGAGGGUUUAAAGACAGACAUGUGAAGCUUUUAAUUUUAUAAAAGCACUUGCAUUAAUUCUUCCGUGUAUUUUUUUAGCUUUAAAGUUGCUAAAAUCUUUAUUACGGCAUUUUAAGGUUUACAGCGUUACAUCGUCAUGGCAACAAACUUUACACAGAAAAGGUUUUUAAGGGAUUUUAUCACACUUAAAUCGUGUUAACACAUGUUGUUUUGUCUUGUGGCUAUACUUUUGAAACAGUAAGUAUUUUAUUGUUUACAGAUUGGCCCCCAUUCACUUCCAUUGUAAGUGCCUCACUGUAACCUUGAUUUUUGCUUUUUGUUUUUUUUUUCUUUUUAAAGAAAAGGAGGGACAAGUCGAAAUUAAUUUUUGUAGUACACUAUAUUGCCAAAAGUAUUCGCUCACCCAUCCAAAUAAUUGAAUUCAGGUGUUCCAAUCACUUCCAUGGCCACAGGUGUAUAAAAUGAAGCACCUAGGCAUGCAGACUGCUUCUACAAACAUUUGUGAAAGAAUGGGCCGCUCUCAGGAGCUCAGUGAAUUCCAGCGUGGUACUGUGAUAGGAUGCCACCUGUGCAACAAGUCCAGUCGUGAAAUUUCCUCGCUACUAAAUAUUCCACAGUCAACUGUCAGUGGUAUUAUAACAAAGUGGAAGCGAUUGGGAAUGACAGCAACUCAGCCACGAAGUGGUAGGCCACGUAAAAUGACAGAGCGGGGUCAGCGGAUGCUGAGGCGCAUAGUGCGCAGAGGUCGCCAACUUUCUGCAGAGUCAAUCGCUACAGACCUCCAAAGUUCACGUGGCCUUCAGAUUAGCUCAAGAACAGUGCGUAGAGAGCUUCAUGGAAUGGGUUUCCAUGGCCGAGCAGCUGCAUCCAAGCCAUACAUCACCAAGUGCAAUGCAAAGCGUCGGAUGCAGUGGUGUAAAGCAUGCCGCCACUGGACUCUAGAGCAGUGGAGACGCGUUCUCUGGAGUGACGAAUCACGCUUUUCCAUCUGGCAAUCUGAUGGACGAGUCUGGGUUUGGCGGUUGCCAGGAGAACGGUACUUGUCUGACUGCAUUGUGCCAACUGUGAAGUUUGGUGGAGGGGGGGAUUAUGGUGUGGGGUUGUUUUUCAGGAGCUGGGCUUGGCCCUUUAGUUCCAGUGAAAGGAACUCUGAAUGCUUCAGCAUACCAAGAGAUUUUGGACAAUUCCAAGUUCCCAACUUUGUGGGAACAGUUUGGGGAUGGCCCCUUCCUGUUCCAACAUGACUGCGCACCAGUGCACAAUGCAAGGUCCAUAAAGACAUGGAUGAGCGAGUUUGGUAUGGAAGAACUUGACUGGCCUGCACAGAGUCCUGACCUCGACCCGAUAGAGCACCUUUGGGGAUGAAUUAGUGCGAAGACUGCGAGCCAGGCCUUCUCGUCCAAAAUCAGUGUCUGACCUCA